GAUCCACCCACCGCGACGCAUGAAAAUGACGUCACCGACGUAAACAACAUCAUGUCGCACAGGCAGACCCAAGCAAGAGAAAUGAACGGCCAAGCGGACGUAGAGGUCGACUACAAGCGGAAAUACAAAAACCUCAAACGAAAAUUAAAAUUUCUGGUCUACGAGCAGGAGUGUUUCCAGGAGGAGCUCAGAAGGGCGCAGAGGAAACUGCUCAAAGUCUCCAGGGACAAAAGCUUCCUCCUGGACAGACUGUUACAGUAUGAGAGGGUAGACGAAGACUCAUCAGAUUCAGAUGCAACAGCUUCCUCAGAAAACAGUGAAGGAGAAGGCCCCAGGGAGAGGGAGAGGGAAAGAGAAAGAGAAAGAGACGGAGGAAAGAAGCGAAGGAGUAGUCCUGGUGCGAGCCUUCCUUCAUCAUCAUCAUCCCCACAUCUCUCUCUGCUGCCCCGUCCUGGUGUAAACCCCCUGCAGUCAUCAGGCUCUGGGCCGUACCUCAACACAGUCUUUGUGAAAAUUGCCUAUGCCUGUGUGCAUGUGUGUUUGCGUGGACAAUUGGCAACUGGGGCCUGUGUGCGUGUUGGGCAGAUGCCCUUCCCACCAGAGUAUUUGGCUCCUUCUGCUGAACGAGUGAAGAGAGAGAGAAAAACAAAGAACCCUAAAAACAAGAAAGAGCCAUCGGGGAAGGUUGUGGCCCCAAUGACAACUAAUUACCCAUCAACCCCUGCAACCACCCCGGCAGCCAGCGGCCCAUUCAGCUGGGUUCCCAGACAGAUGCUCAGUGGAGACGCUGCUGAGGAGGAGGGGGAGAGCGACGGAGACAGCGACAGAGGGGAUGAAGACAGGGGGGAGGGAGAUGAGGCUGAGUUAGUCAUUGAUAUCCCCAAUGAGUGAUCCGAGUGUUCGUGUUCAGAUGUAUUUAUGUGUGGCGCUGCGGUAUUUGUGUCCGUGUAUUUGUGAGCAAAAAUACGUGAUUGUAUGUGUUUUUGUGUUCAGUGACCCAUUCCAUAAUUUAAAAAGCAAAGCCAAGCUCCCCCCUGUGGACUGUUGCUUAACUGCAAUGUCACUUCCAAAACAAUAUCCCAGAGAAAUAGGGCAUUUCAUAAUUAUGUUGAUAAUUUGUUUAGCAGCAAAAUACUAUUUGUCAGGUUGUUAGGAAAGCACUGUUUCUGUAAGAUAUUUGAAUAUUUUGGCAGUCACAGUUUUCCAGGUACCUGCUAAUUGUCUUUUUGGCUUAGCUAUGCACAAACUGUGUGACUCGAACAAUGCAUGUCCAUCUUGAAGAGAAUUUGAUUACGUGUUUUCCUUUGGUGUCUAACUUCCAUGCCAGAUUUAGUACUGAAGAAAUAUUAGUGAAGGACUGUUCUGGUAUAGAGAUGUCCUGAAGGUUAAAAUCUUACCUGUACUUUCCUUUGACGAUUUAGGAGAUAUGGCUGUCAUUUGGAAUUAUGUUGGUGUUUUUUUGGUUGUUUUUUUAAUAAUUGCUGAAAUCAAUACUUUUUAAAACAGUUAUUUUAUUUGUACUCACAAAGAAGCAAAUUAAAAUUCAACAUUUCAGCUGAC